ACAAACUAUAAAGUCGGCAUUUCUCCGACCAAAUUGGAGCUUGCUGAACGGUAUUUUGAAUUCCCAGCCACCGUAGAAGAAAAUCCGAUGGCUCGAGUAGCGUCAAACCCCGUCGGUCUCCAUAAAUUCCGGCCAUCUCAUCUUCAUCCCGCCGUAGGAUCUCUAAAUUUCAUUAAUCCCUCCGUUCAUUCCCUCAAUAGAAGGCUCAGAUAUCAGAGGUUGUAUUGUCAAACUGAAUCUAACUCCACCGAUUCUAACUCGGAGAAAAACUUGAUUAUAGAAUCUGGUUCCGUUGAAGAUAAUAAGACCAGCGAAGUUACAAGUUCUCCAAGUGGUGGUGAACUUCCUGCGCUCCCAAACAAAAACAUCAACCGCCGAAUUGCAGUGGCUUCUGUUCUUGGAGCAGUAGGUCUCUUCUUAUCAGGCCGACUUGAUUUUGGUGUUUCUUUGAAGGACCUUUCUGCUGCAGCAUUGCCUUACGAGGAGGCCCUUUCAAACGGGAGGCCGACUGUCGUGGAGUUUUACGCAGACUGGUGCGAGGUAUGUCGUGAAUUAGCUCCAGAUAUUUACAAAGUUGAGCAACAAUACAAGGAUCGAGUAAAUUUCGUUAUGCUUAAUGUCGACAACACGAAGUGGGAACAAGAACUAGAUGAGUUUGGUGUCGAGGGUAUUCCACAUUUCGCGUUUUUGGAUGGAAAUGGUAACGAGGAAGGAAAUGUUGUCGGCAAGCUUCCCAGAAAAUACUUCUUGGAAAAUAUCGAUGCCCUUGCUACUGGAAAACCGUCCAUCCCACAUGCCCGACUCGUUGGUCAGUUUUCUAGUGCGGAAGCCAGGAAAGUGCACCAAGUACCUGACCCAAGAAGCCAUGGCUAACAAAGGUUAUGCCUUGGGGAUCCUCCCUAUUGGUGGCCACUUUGCAUUUCCUCAGAACUAUUGGAGAUUUUCCUGGUUGUAAUCUUCAGGGCCCCAUUACUCGAGGUGCAUGCAAGCUGGUCCGGAUCACCCACGGUUACCAAAAAUGUAAUGAAAUAAAAUUACUUGUAUCAAACAUCAAAAUCACAGAAAAAUGUAAUGAAAUCACAAUUUCUUCUA